CAGACAUGAGUUUAGUGCCAGGUGCAUGGAUAUCACAAAUUGGGUGAUGGAGUCUACAUCCACUGUGGUUAUUCCCGCCCUUGACCUCACCAUGCAGAUAGAGCUCUCUGAUUCGUCAAGCUCUUCUGGAUCAGGAAGUAAUGAGGCAAGAGAAGUGACUUCUCUUGGCCGCAGCGUCAGAUUCAGCUUUAGUGGAGGACCCAGUAGGCGCACCAGUUCUAGAACCACUUGCAGCACACGAACUCCCACCCCUUUCCCCUCCUCUCAUAGGUCCAUGACUUCCUUGCUGAGUGAGGAUGAAGAGCGAUAUGUCUCCUCACCUGAGGGUGGUGAUAGAGAGAUGAGACACAGACCCCACUCAGCACCACUGAGAUCUGUGUUUGGAAUCUCUGAGGAUUCUGUCUUCAACAUGGUCCAGAGCGGCCAGUCGCAGAGUGACAUCGUACUGUCGUCCAGUUGGAGUAGACGGGAGAAAUACAGACCUGUCAAAAUACCAACGGACACCAGGUUUAUGAUGGGUAUUGUAGAGUUGGUUAUGAACCUUCUCAACUCCAGAUUGGCUGAGCUAAUGCGAAGUCUCAGUCAGGGAACUCUAGGUCCGCUGUCUGGUAGUUACUCAGCAAGUCAGCAGUUUGCCCAAGAGAUGCUAAGCAUGGUGUCUGCUAAGAUGUAUUCCCAUGCCAUAGAGCAUAUUGCGCAUGGCCACAAGUCUCCCCUUGAGUUAGAGAGGGACCUUGAGGCCAUAUUGGGUCCUCUGGCUGGACAGGUUAUAGUCAUCAUCAUAGAUAGCAUCUUCAAGGCUAAAGCCAACGGAGGAAACAAGGGGUGA